AUGACGGGUGCGCUCACCAAUUCCAAUACUCAGAACGACAUCUCUACGCCAGAAGAACAUGAAACUACUAUUCAGUCGGAACACAAAACAUGUAUAUGGUCUGCUAUGCUGGAUGAUGUAUCCAGUGGUAAAAAGCUACCGGAAAAACAGAUAAUAGUACUUGGUGGUACUCCUCUUAGCCAGAGAGAUUUCCUUGAAAGUUUAUCUGUUCAAGAGACCAAGGCGACACAAGGGAAUCGGAGUCACAAGAAACCCCCAAUAGCAAACGAAUUUGCUCUAGGAUAUACAUAUUACGAUGUUUUAGACGCAGACCUCGAGGAUGCCCUCGCGCGUAUCUCUGUAUUUCUCCUGUCUGAUCCAUCGCCAUCUUUUAUGCCAUUACUACAGCCUCUUCUUAAUUCUAGAACCAUUCCAAAUACUUUAAUAGUGGUGUUAUUAGACUGGGCCGAACCCUGGUUUUGGAUUAGACGACUACAGGCCUGGAUAUGUCUUUUACGGGAACUCAUAAUUUCACUUGAACCAGAUACAUUGAAGGCUAUGGAAGACGUUAUGGCGAUGUGGCGGAAUAAAGGGCGCGUCGGAAAUGUUAAUGAAAAUCCAGAUAACAGUGCCGCCUCCAAAGAUGAUCUAUACCUUCCGCUAGGAUCAGGGGAGUGGGAAGAAGCCCUAGGAGUUCCCUUGUGUGUGUCCGAUCGCGUCAAGUUGCUCGAAAAAGAACGCAGCUGGGGAGAAGAUGAGUUCGACUUUAUAUUACAAUUCUUAAGAACCAUCCUCCUGAAACAUGGCGCAUCACUCAUAUAUACAACGCCUUCAACAAUAAACCCUCUUCAAAGCCUGAUACACUCAUCUUUGGGAAUUCACUCUCUCCUCAAGCCUAUUCCUCUCAAAUAUAACAUUGUCGACCGGGAUAAAAUUCUCGUCCCGCCGAACUGGGAUUCUUGGGGUAAGAUUAGGAUUCUGAAAGACGGCUUUGACAUAGAAGCUAUAAGUAAUGGCUGGUCGAUUGACACCGAUAUAAAACACAAGGUUGCAAUAACUGGAUUGCUUGGCAACGAUGAUAAGGAGGAAGAUGAAGAAUCUGCAAGUGGCCAAGGGGCUGUUCAUGCUUACGAAAAAGUAAUACGAGAUCCAUCAUUGGACACUCUUCAAGCUAGUGUCACCGAUAACGUCGGAAUUAAUCUUGAAGUAAGCAGUCAAAACACCCAAGAAUUCUUAGCUUCACAACUUGAAGUCCUUGAAAAGAUGAGGAUCAACACAACGUCCUCUAUCUCAGACCGUAUCUAUUCAGCAUCAGGCACACAACAAUCACUGGAAACGACUGAAAAUAUUGAAUACCAAGAAGAAACAGCACGAGUUCGUGAACACAUAGGCCCUGUACAGUUUAAUAUGGGGGGGAUUCAAGUCGAUGCGGAUGACAUGAUUCAACGCUUAAAGGAACGUCGGAACCACCCGCCCCAAGACUCAUCGACUCCAAGCAUCCUCUCUAAUUCCUCUCAAAAUGAUGCACUUGCAUCAUUUUUUGAGGGCCUAAUUCAUCGAGGUGGAACUGGAGGUCUUAACACCCCAAAAACGAAGAAUAGAAAUGAAGAAGAUGAUCCUUAA